CCCCGGAGCGGGAGACUUACUUUAUCAGAACGCGGCAGGUCUCCGGUAGGGCUUUCAUCUGCAGGGGAGAGGAAACAGUUAUCUCUGGCUUGCCCUUCCCUCCCCCAGCUGCAGAGCCUCCCAAGACUUGGAAUGGAAUAGCCUCCCCCCGGCAAUGCGAGUAUGAUUGGGGAGCAUCUGGCAUUUCUGAUGUUUUCCCCACCCCGCCCCGCCCCAAAAAAGCAACAGGGCCUUUCUUUGCACAGUCACCCUGUGAUGAGGGGUACUUCCCGCAUGGGCCCUGCAAGAGCAGAAUUAGGCCAAGUGGGCCUAAUCAGCUGCAAACGGGGGAAGCCAACUAGAAGGAAGCUCACAUGUGAGGGCGGCAGGGAGGAAGCCUGCAGUCCCUCUCCCUGAUAUAAGGGAGAAGACGCCUGGUAGGAAGGAGUCCAGGGGUGAGAGCAGUAAGGUGGUGGAGAUGCAGACCUGAACUAUUCACUACAGGCUCUGGACUGGAACCUUGUGUAGAGGAUGGGUCUGGGUUCCCCCACCAGCUGAUGCAGAGUGGUGUUGUGGGCAGUGAACAGGAACGCUGCCUGAGGCACCGCUGGGGAGACAGGGUGAGGGCAGCGGACGUCAAGACAGCCUGAUGCCACUUGGACACAAUAGACUUUGAAAAGCCACCCUGGAAGGGGGAACCGCUGUGUAACCUGGCUGUAGGGCUGAGUCAUGAAGAGGAAGCUGCAGCUCUGGGCUUGAGAGAGGGCCGCAGAGUGAGGAGGAGACAGAGUGCAACCACAGGAAGGGGCAUCGGCCUGGCAGAGCUAAUCCCCAGAACUGCCAGAAGGAGGCGCCAUCCUGUGGAGCUGCCAAGAUGACGAUCCGGUUUCCACACCAACCCACAAAUUAAUUUAGAGAUGGAUUAAUCUAAUUUGGCUCUUUAAAAAAAAAUAAUUAAAUGCAACAGCAAGCCGAGAAAGACUCAGAGACAAGAUCUGCCUGAGCCACUGAUGGAGAAAAUAGCAGAAAGCCACACACCCGCGACAGUCAGGCGGUGCAUUCCCAGCAUGCAUCACAUGGAGUGAUGCCCCCUCCUUGGGGCUAGGAAGGAGAUUCACAAUCUCCUGCAAUAUCCUGGACAAACCUUCCUGAGUUAGACAAACCAAAAUGGCCGAAGAAGAAAUUGCUGCUCUCAUCAUUGACAAUGGCUCUGGGAUGUGUAAAGCUGGCUUUGCUGGAGAUGACGCCCCUCGUGCAGUGUUCCCGUCCAUCGUCGGACGCCCAAGGCACCAAGGGGUCAUGGUUGGGAUGGGGCAGAAGGACAGUUACGUUGGUGACGAGGCCCAGAGCAAGAGAGGCAUCCUGACCCUGAAGUACCCUAUUGAACAUGGCAUUGUCACCAACUGGGAUGACAUGGAGAAAGUGUGGCACCAUACCUUCUACAACGAGCUCCGUGUUGCCCCAGAGGAGCAUCCUGUCCUGCUGACAGAAGCUCCCCUGAACCCCAAAGCCAACAGAGAGAAGAUGACCCAGAUCAUGUUUGAGACCUUCAACUCCCCUGCCAUGUAUGUGGCCAUCCAGGCUGUUCUGGCCUUAUAUGCCUCUGGACGUACCACUGGCAUUGUGAUGGACUCUGGUGAUGGGGUGACCCAUGCCGUGCCCAUCUACGAAGGCUACGCACUGCCUCAUGCCAUCCUGCGCUUGGACUUGGCUGGGCGUGACCUGACUGACUACCUCAUGAAGAUCCUAACGGAGCGGGGUUACAGCUUCACUACCACAGCCGAGAGGGAGAUCGUGCGUGAUAUCAAGGAGAAGCUGUGCUACGUCGCCUUGGACUUUGAGCAGGAGAUGGCUGCAGCUGCUGCGUCUGCCUCUUUGGAGAAAAGUUACGAGCUCCCUGAUGGGCAGGUGAUCACCAUUGGGAAUGAGCGGUUCAGGUGCCCAGAGGCCCUCUUCCAGCCCUCCUUCCUGGGCAUGGAGUCCUGCGGCAUCCACGAGAGCACCUUCAACUCAGUCAUGAAGUGUGACAUUGACAUCCGAAAGGACCUCUACGCCAACACAGUGCUGUCUGGUGGCAGCACCAUGUACGGUGGCAUCGCCGACCGCAUGCAGAAGGAAAUCGCUGCCCUGGCCCCGAGCACUAUGAAGAUCAAGAUCAUUGCCCCAGUGGAGCGCAAAUUCUCAGUCUGGAUUGGCGGUUCCAUCCUGGCAUCUCUCUCCACCUUCCAGCAGAUGUGGAUCAGUAAGCAGGAAUAUGACGAGGCUGGUCCGUCCAUUGUUCACAGGAAAUGCUUCUGAAUCAUGUUCCAAAAUGGAAGUGUCAAAUGUGGCUGGACAAUAGAUUGUUCCUUUAUGGAAAUAUUCCUUCCAAAGCUAUUCCUAGCUCUUCCAACGGCUGUCUGUAUGCUUAACAUAUCCUCUCUAACAUUGCUUUUGACCUAUCCAAACAGAAGUCCCAUCACAUAACCUAACACACAGUGAUCACCUGUAAAAAUGUGCUAAACCCCUCAUGCUAGUGACUCAUCACAAGGUUAAGAGGUAAAACCACGCUAAUGUGAGGCUAUGGAUCCGUCGCUGACUAUAGCACUCCUUGUUGUCAUUGUACUGUCAGAUUCUCAGGGCUAGAGAUGAGACUGGUGCAAGAUGUACUCAAGGUCAGGCAUCUAAAGAUUGAGUAAUUAUUCCGUAAUUCCUCUUCGGGGGCUGGCAAGUGCAAAUGUUAAUUGCCACUUGUCUUCCUGCUGUACCAGCAAGAAUUAAGGGGCCUGUCUGCUUUUUUCCACCCAACUGUACCAAUAAAUAGCCAUGGGGCUGAAGGCUACUCCUGGCUCCAUGCGCAAGCUAUUGUAUUCAUCCUAAUCUGAAGAAAAUCUCUGUACAUUGGGGAGAUUUAAGAGUUUGUAUGGUCAUUAAGGCAAAGUGGAGAAUUGUAACAUGCAAUGAUAGUCUUGUGAUAAGGGGAAAUUUAAAAAUAAAUGUGAAGUGCUUUGCA